CUGGCUCACACACAACUUCCUUUCCUUUUUUAUAUGGAAAUCAGGGAAGAGGGUAGUGUAUAUUAGUAUAUUAGCAUUUCUAGCAGAUUUUUAACUGCCACUGAUGCCCGUUCAUCUUUGCAGUGUGGGUUUUCAUGCUGACAAAUCCUCUGCUUUGCCUUCUGCUCAGAGUCAGGUGGGCCCUUUAUUGAACAGAUUUAUCUGCUACAAGGCUACGCAGAAGGAUGGAAAGGAGGAACACAGGGGGAAAAAAAAAUAGAUGAAAGGCCAUGCAUUGAUCACCUGAUGUACUCCAGAGACAAACAUGGCUAUUGCAGGUAACAUGGAGCAGCCCUUCUGGCCUUUUCAGUUGUAUUCAGAGAGAUGUUUGCCUGCUGUGAAUAUCUGGGUGCUUGGAGUUCGCUCUGAUUUUAACAAGCCCAUCAAUAAUAAAACAUUGUAUUGAUAGAGCAAGAUCUACUUCUGUAAAGUUGUUGCUCCACAGAAAAGCAGCAUAAAGAAGCUAGCUGGAUUAUUUGUAUGAUAUGUAGCUUUUUUAGGAUGUUUUGUUCUUUAUAUGGUGUUAAUUUCAAAUACAAGCGUGUGAACUUUGUGUUCCCUUUUAGGGGCUGGUUCUGGGGUAACAAGGAAACACAAGGCCUAAACACCUCUGGCUUGUCUGUCCAAGGAUCUGCCUCAAUUGUGGCUCCCAUCCUUCUGAAGAACUCUUCAGCACAGGGCAGUCGAGUGCUGGUUAUAAAGGUGGUGAUAAUUAGGAAUAAGCUGUUUAAGCUUGGAUAAAUGUUUAGAAAUCAUUGCUUAGAUAUUGCUGUGUAAAACGCUCGCUCGCGGUGGGAGAAUUCUCCAGGGUCAAGCUGUUCAGGUAUGUGCAGUUUAUUAUAUGGGUAAAGAGAGGGGAGAGCUGUGUCUGCCACCAGCCUCGGCGUCCACGUGGACGUUUCAUUCGUUUUCCAUUUAUUUUAUUCUCUAAAUCUUCAGAGUGCCAGGAAAAUACCGGGUUUUUUUAAUGUAGGGCCAUACUGGAAAUACAAAACGUUCUCAGCUGGGCUCUCUUUUAUAAUUUUGGCUGUGUUCUCGGCCAAUAGAAAUGAGCAGAGGACAGAGCAGAGGCAGCUCAGUCCAUGCUCCACAACAUGGGAUAUUUUAGCUCAUUCCGUAAUUAAGAGACCAAAAGCCAAAAAUGUUCCUCUAGAAACGAAUGGCUUUCCCUGUUUGGGGUAUCUCACUGUCCUCUCCUGGCUGCAUUAUCCAUCUGCAGACCACUCCGUCUCCCCCAAGCUCUUCCAUUAAAUUCCCAGCCCACAUUGCUUGGACCAGCAUCAUCUCUCUUAAUUCCUGCCAGCCUGGAACUUGUUCAUGAAGUUUCCUUUUAUAGCUCCAAUUGUUUGCACAAACCCAGAGGAGCCGCUUGGCCGGAGAAAGUGCCCAGUGGAGCAUGUGGAGCCUGGCCCCAGCCAGGCUGGAACAUCUCCCCGAAUUCUCCAGGGCGUACAAAGUACAGCUGCACUCUGCAGAUAAUAAAUGGAGAGCUCUGGGAGGCCUGAGCAAGCAGAAUUGCUCAUUUUUAAUUCACAGCCUUGGAAAUCAGGGGGGUUUUGAGGUGAAAUUGUGCCCAGAGUUCCUUUGUCCGGUGGUCCCAGGGAGCCUUAGCGCUGCCCCUGGAUUACAAUGCAGGUAAGGGACUCUGCCCAGUCCUUCCUGACAGUCCAUGUCCCUCUCUCCGUGUCCUACAUCUGUGUGACAGCACCGAGGGGCUGGGCUUCCCUGGAGCACCGCACCGAGAUGGAGUUCUCCUUCUUCUACGACACCGUUCUCUGGAGGACAGGGAUCCAGACGGACAGCGUGCUCUCGGCCCGCCUGCAGAUAAUCCCCAUCUACAUCCGCGAGGACGGACGGCUGGUCAGCGAGUUCAGGACGCAGGCCAAGUUCAGAGCGCUGUUUGUCAUGGAGCACCACAGCCUGCCAGAUGUCAGGUCCUCUUUGAGAACUCCAGAGCACCUGGGAGGCAUCGAAUUUGACCUGCAGCUGCUGUGGAGUGCUCAGACUUUUGAUUCUCCCUGCCAGCUCUGGAGAGCAACCAGCUCCUACAACAGGAAGGAUUACUCUGGAGAAUACACCAUGUUCCUGAUCCCCUGCACGGUGCAGCCCACGCAGCCGUGGGCAGAGCCUGGAGCCAAGCCCCUGCCCUGCACGGCUCACGCUCCCGAGCGGUUUUUGAUCCUGAUCACCUUCCAGCAGACAAGCCGCCCGGUUCCAGUUGUUUACUCCCAGAACGCAAGAGUUUCAGAUCUGUAACGACGAGAAGGUUUUUCUAAUGGACCCCACCAAAUCGGAAAGGUCUCUGGCAGAAAUGGAUUACAAGGGGGCUUUUUCCAAGGGUAGGAUUUACCUCUCCUCUUCUGCUUGUGCCCAGCGUUUCUGCUUUCACAGCUUCCAUUCCCUGGAGAGGAAAGGGCAAAACCCACAGGUAGCUUUGCCUCUUCUACAGCAAUCAUUGACAUCUUACAGCCCUGUGAAAGAGCAGCGUGCUCUGGCACCGCGUUUUGUCACUCCCACCCACCGAGCCCUUCCCAAACAACCCAAACCCUUCUGAACACGGACACUUGGCUCUAGCAGCGUUUUCCUGCUUGGGAAAUUUCACCUGCCCCUCUUUGUCCCGACCUCCCCAGGG